AUGGGGCUAUCGAGGUCUUGGGUUGUAAUAGUGUGGACUGAGGACAGAGUACACCAGGCAGAGGUGCUAGUCAGACUGAGGGAUGCUCCUAAUGUUAUCACUGAUACAUUCUUUAUUUUUGAUGUACCUUAUUCUAAUCUGAGAGACAUAGGUUUUACACACUCCUAUGAAGCUAGUUCUGUUUCUGAAAACCUAAGGAUUACUGUUAAGAGUAGUUCUAGUGAGAUCAUUGGACUGUACACGUUGGGGCAGUUUUUUUGGGUUAGUAAACUUUAUAGGGAUGUUUCAUUAGAGGUGCAAGGGGCUGUAUUUUUGGCAAAUCUGAUAGAGUUACUGCUUGGGGAGUUCGAUUUGAUUCUGGGUAUGGAUUGGUUGGUUGAGCACCAAGUCUGUUUGGAUUGUGCGACUAGGAGGGUCGUUCUGAGGACUGAGGAUGAUAAGGAAGUGGUUGUGAUCGGUGAGCAUUGA